AUGCUCCCGCUCCGCGCUGUAGUUGGGCGACGCUCGCCCGCUCGCCACGUGCGGCUUUUAUCCGUCGCAGGGACACCAGGCCGACCCGAAGGUGUUUCGGCAGCUGCAAGUGUAAGCUCUUCCUCUGAGUCCAAGCCGGGACUCUUUCAGUUGCCAGAUCUGCAUGCCCCAUCCGACUUCCCAAGACUCACGCGCGACGUCAAGCUGCAGUGUUAUCAGCUGCGACAGGAGUUGGCAGCGUCGUCUCCAGGACUGGCGACGCUGCGCACUCUGGACGACAUCUCCAAUGCCAUUUGUUCGGUUAUUGACGCCGCGGAGCUCUGUCGCAACGUUCAUCCCAACGAGAACUUCCGGCGAGCGGCGAGCGAGUGCUUCACGGAGCUGUCAGACUUUAUCCAGAACUUGAAUGCAGACGUGGAGCUAUACCGGGCACUUAAGACGGUGGCCGAGGACAAAAUUGGGGUGAAGAACUUUACGCCGGAGCAGAGACGGAUGGGAAUUCUGCUCCGAAACGAGUUCGAGCGCGAUGGCAUUCACUUGUCACGAUCUGACCGACAGAGGGUUAUUGCACUGCAGAACGAUAUCACACAGCUUAGUAUGCAGUUCCAGUCAACAAUGUACAGUGCCAGAGAGUACGUGGAAGUCCCAGCGAAGCUCAUUCGCGGCAUGCCACACAGCAUCACGUCUGUAUGUGAGCGCAAGUGGAUGAGUCGGGACACGUUGCGGGUCCCGACAGAUAUGCACGUCAUGAACACGAUCCUGAAGUGGGUCGGUGAUCCUGAAGUCCGACGGAAGAUGUACAUGGCCGCCAACUCGUGUGCAAAAGACAACUUGCCGACUCUAGACAAGCUACGGGCGAAGCGGCAUGAACUGGCUCAGCUUUUGGGAUUCCCUACGUACGCUCACCUUGCAACAAGUGACCGCAUGAUCGGAUCCCCGGAGGCCGUGGAAAGCUUCAUUGAGGACAUUGCCAAGCAGCUCAUGUCGAAGGCUACACUGGAGCAGAGACUUUUGUUGGAAGUGAAGCGGAAGCAUGAAGGCCGAUCUGUCGAUCACGUGUACAUGUGGGAUCUACCUUACUACAUGGGCAUGCUGAAGGCCCAGAAACAUCGCAUCGAUUCGCGCGUGAUCUCUGCGUAUUUCCCGCUUGAGAACUGUGUGAAAGGACUACAUUUGCUGUGCUCCGCUCUGUUUGGCCUGGAGCUGAAGCAGAUUCCCAUGCUCAACGCCAGUGAGCGCUGGCACGAAGACGUCGUGAAGCUUGCUCUCACCCGCAAUGACGAAACACUGGGCUACAUUUACUUCGAUCUCUAUCCGCGACCCAACAAGUACAACCACGCAGCUCACUUCACUAUCCGCUGUGGCAAACGUCUGAGUGAGACGACGUACCAGAAACCAAUGGUGGCUCUCGUCUGCAACUUUAACAAGCCUGCACCGGACAGUCCUUCGUUGCUGUCACACGCUGAAGUGGAGACGCUUUUCCACGAAUUCGGCCACGCGAUGCAUUCGCUGCUGUCUCGCACAGAGUUUCAGCAUCUCUCGGGUACUCGAGCGACUCUGGACUUCGUAGAGACCCCGUCACACUUGUUCGAGUACUUUGCGUGGGAUUAUCGCGUGGUCAGUGAGUUCGCCCACCACUACCGAACAGGAGCACCGCUGCCUGCUGCCAUGAUGCAAGGUCUACGAGCCUCCAAGACGAUGUUCGCUGCGAUGGAUACACAAACGCAGUGUCUGUACUCCAUGCUGGACCUCCAGCUAUUCGGAGAGCAGCCAUUGCCAUGCAGCCCUCCGACGACCACACAGAUGCUGCAUGAACUGCAGAACUCGAGUACUUUGGUGCCUCACGUGGAUGGAACGUACUGGCAUACACGCUUCGGACAUCUCAUCGGCUACGGUGCUGGCUAUUACAGUUAUCUGUAUGCUCGUGUGUUCGCUGCCGAUAUCUGGCAUACCAACUUUAAGGGUUCUCCAGGUCCGUUGAACCGCGAGGCAGGCGAGAAAUUGUACCAGAAGCUGAUGAUUCACGGCGGAGCUAAAGACCCGAACGGUCUCCUGGUCGAUAUGCUGGGUCGUGAGCCUUCUCCUGUGAAUUAUCUACACGAAUUGGGCGUGUAA